GAAAAACAAGAGCAACGAUUAGAUAAUAUCAUUGCAACGAUACAAGAAAGACUUAACGAAGCAAGAAAAAAACGAGACGAACAAUUAGAAAUGGUUUUAGGGACAAUUGAAAAUGAACUUGCGACUACUCAUCAACUCACAACCAAACAAGCGAAGAUUUUGUCGGAUACCGUCAAGGAAAAACUGGGUAAUUUGAAGUACGUACGCGAUUUUAGCGAAGAUAAGGCGAAAAUAUUUCUGGAAUUGUUAAAGACUAGAUUGUCGGAGGUGAAAGAAUAUGCUGAAGAGGGUUAUGAGGCAGCUUAUAAUAAAGUAUCUAGCGGUUAUGAAGAAGGUACCGAUAAGUUGGGCAAAGGGUUUGAUAAGGUGAAAGAACAAUUGACACCUCAAAAGAAGGACGAAUUGUGA